UGAGUCACCUCGUCGCCACGUGGCGGCACCUUGUGGCCACUUCCCUCCCAAUCAGCCGCAGAUCUGGCGCGAGCAAGUGGUUGCGCGACAAUAGAGGAGCGAUCAUCGCGAUAGUGUCAGUCGCAGGCUCCCAUAUCAGAAGCAGUUGGUCACAGGAAUAGUCUUCUAUCGCUUUCUUGAGUUGCCGUAACGCGCAUUGUUACGAAGCUAUAUUUCCUGUGUCUCAUUCGUCGCACAGCGGGACUGCAAUGGCGUCGCCGUAUGUGUCGCAGUCUCUCUUGCUGCCCGCCAAACUCAAUGGCGCCGCGCGGGUGCUGCUUUCCCCCAAGCCCUUGGCGCAAGUUCCUCGCGGCCGCGCGCGCGGAAGCGGCGUGGUGCGCGCGUCCGUGAGCGUGCUGGACGAAGCGGAGCGCGAGCUGCAGCGCAAGUCGAUGGCGGAGCUGCGCGCGCUGGCCAAGGCGCGCGGGCUGCGCGGAGAUACCAAGGCGGAGCUCGUGGAGCAGCUGCUGCUCUCGGGCGCGGCCUCUCUCGCUUACUCCGCUUCCCCACAACCACCCGCCCCGCCUGCCGUGGUGCCGGGGGGUCCCGACGCGAUGGCGCAACUGCUGGAGCAAAUGCCGCUUCCGCAGCUGCGCGAGCUGGCGCGCGAGCGGGGCUCGCGGGCGUCCACGCGCGCGGAGAUCCUAAGAGACCUGCGCCUCCUGAUGGCCGGACAACCGCUGCCCAAGCCCCCCCCGCCACCCGCGCCUAUCGUUCCCCCGCCUUCCCCCUCGCCCGCCACGCCAACCACCCCGCCCGCACCUGUAGCACGCGCGCCUGCAGCUGCCCCGCCCCCCACAGCAGCAGGGGGGGGGGCGGGCGCGCAGCGGGAGAGGGAGCUGCUGGGGCGGGGGCUGGCAGAGCUGAGACAGAUGGCGCGCGCGCAGGGGGUGCGGGGCGACACCAAGGCGCAGAUCGUGGCGGCGCUGCUAGCCAAGGAGGCAUCCACCCCAGUCAAGGCGAAGCCACCCACCCCUCCGCCUGCCGCGCCUGCUGCUGCUGCUGCCUCUGCUACUGUUGUGGCCCCCAAACCUUCUCCCACGCCUGCAGCUCCCAAGCCUGCAGCUCCCAAGCCUGCAGCCCCCAAGCCUGCAGCGGGUGCAGGUGGGGAGGGCAAGGCGGAGGUGAAGGCGGAAAAGUCGGAGGCGGAGAGGGCGCUGGAGGCGAUGGAGAUGGGCGAGCUGCGGUACCUGGCGAGGGAGAGGGGGCUCAAGGGCGACACCAAAGACGAACUCGUCAAGGCGCUCGCCGAGGGCCCCCCUCCCACGCUCGGCUUCAUCGGGCUGCCCUCGCCCUCCGCCCCUCGCCGCCGCCGCAUGCCCAAGUUCCGCGCGCCACCCAAAGACAGCGAUGACGGCGCUGCUGCCGCCGCUGCUGCUGACGGCGCUGGUAGUGGCGAGGAGGCCGUGGCGGAGAAGGCAGAGAAACAAUCUGAUGUGGCGGGUGCAGCAGCAGGAGAAGAGAAGAGAGACGGGGAGGUGGCAGCAGAGGGCGGGCUCCCUCCCUUCCAGUCCAUCGCUGCUCCCGACACCCCCUCGCCUGCACCCGUGCUGCCAGCCACCCCGGAGGAGGUGGCGGGGGAGGUGUCACGGCUGCGGGAGGCAGUGGCGGGGAUGAGGGGCGAGGUGGAGGAGGAGGCGAGGCGGGUGCGGGGGGAGAGCGAGGAGGAGCGGCGCAGCAAGUAUGUGCGCAGCGCCGUCAUCGGGGGCGUGGGGCUGGCAUUGCUGCCACUGCUGCUGCCCGCCCUCAUCUCCAACCUCCGCCCAUCGCCACCUGUCCCUCAGGCGCCCCCCCAGCUGGCGGCGGAGACGGCGGUGCUGCUGCAGUCGCUGCUGGCGGCGGAAUCAUCGUCGCUGGCAGAGCUGCAGGCGCUGGUGCCGCUCAUCGCCCCGGAUCUCGACGACGCCACGCGUGCCGACCGGGCCGCCAUGUUCUGCGAUGCCAUCAAGCCCGGCAGCCGGUCCACCCAGGCUGAGCGCUUCUGCAGCACUGUGAGCGCCGUGCGCGCACAGACGUGAAGGGGAGAGGGUGAAGGGGAGAGGGUGAAGGGGAGAGGGUGAAGGGGUGGUGGCAGUGGGUGCUCGCAGGAAGGGGGACGUGCAAGGGAUGGUGGGAUGCGCUGUGGAGGAAGUGGGGUAGGGGAUAGGCCACCAGGAACAGGCAUGUGGUGCUCAAGUCCUGGUGAGGCGAUCAUGGGUGCAUCAUCGGUCCUGGUGUGUUGUUUGUUUCAUCAAUGAGAUCAGGGGGACUUGGUACAACUCUGCAAGGCAUGGGAGUUCAGAUACUACUCUUGACCUCUAAUUUGGAGGUCCUACAUAAUAGCCAUUCACGAAUUCAAAGUAUAAAAGUAAAGGCUUAUACCGUAGAUUGAAAAGAAUGGUUUCUUGACG